AUGCUCCUUCUCCUGGCACUGCUCGCUGAGCUGGGAAAGCUGAGCGCCCUCAUGGAUUUCGAAGGAAUAUUCCUACAUGUCACAGUUCCACAGAAAAUAAGGUCAAAUAAGAGUGAAAGUACAAAGAGGCAGGUGAUUUAUAUGAUUACAAUUGAUGGAAAACCAUACACUCUGCAUCUCACAAAACACUCGUUCUUAUCCAAGAAUUUUUUGGUUUAUACAUUUAAUGAAACUUGGUCUUUGCAUACAGAUUCUUCAUAUUUUAAGAUGCAUUGCUAUUACCGAGGAUAUGUUGCCAAUUUUCCAAAUUCAGUUGCAACACUCAGCAUAUGUUCUGGACUCCGGGGAUUCCUUCAGUUUGAAAAUAUCAGCUAUGGAAUUGAACCAUUGGAGUCUUCAGCAAGAUAUGAGCACAUAAUUUAUCAAGUGAAAAAUGACAAUCCAGACAUACCAGUGCUAGCAGAAAAUUACAGCAAUAUUCGGCAGAAAGACCAGACCUAUAAAGUUUAUUUAAGCUCGCAGGAAAAAACUCUUUCAAAGCUAUUACCCCAAUACCUGGAAAUGCAUAUUAUAGUGGAAAAAGCUUUGUAUGAUUAUAUGGGAUCAGAAAUGAUGGCUGUAACACAGAAAAUCAUCCAAAGUAUUGGUCUUGUCAACACUAUGUUUGUGCAGUUCAAAUUGACUGUGAAUCUGUCCUCCCUGGAACUGUGGUCAGAUGGAAAUCAAAUUUCUACCAGUGGGGAUGUUGAUGAUUUAUUACAAAGGUUUCUGGUGGGAAAAAGGGGCUAUCUUAUCCUACCGCCCCAUGAUGUAACAUUCUUAUUUGUUUACAGGAAACAUCCUAAAUAUAUGGGAGCAACGUUUGCUGGCACAAUAUGCAAUAGAAGCUAUGAUGCCAAUAUAGCUGUGUAUACAGAUGCAAUAACUUUGGAGGGAUUUUCAGUUAUUGUAGCUCAACUACUUGGCCUUAAAAUAGGACUAACAUACGAUAACAUCAGUGAGUGUUCUUGUCCAAGAACGACGUGCAUAAUGAAUCACAAAGCAGUGGGUUCCAGUGGUGUAAAGAUUUUUAGCAACUGUAGUAUGGAUGAAUAUAGGUAUCUUGUUUCAAAAUUGGAUGCUCAAUGUCUUCAAAACUUUCCAAAUUUGCAACUGUUACAUAAAACUCAGUCAGUGUGUGGUAAUGGGAUUUUGGAACUUAAUGAAGAAUGUGACUGUGGUAGUGAAGAGGACUGUCAGUUUAAGAAGUGCUGUGAUUAUAACACAUGUAAACUGAAAGGCUCAGUGAAAUGUGGUUCUGGACCAUGCUGUACACCAGAAUGUGAGGUGUCUAUAGUAGGCACUCCAUGUCGAAAAAGUGUUGAUCAAGAGUGUGAUUUUACAGAGUAUUGCAAUGGAACUUCUAGUAAUUGUGUUCCUGACACUUAUGCAUUGAAUGGCCACUCGUGCAGGUUGGGAACUGCCUAUUGUUAUAAUGGACAAUGCCAAACUACAGAUAACCAGUGUGCUAAUGUGUUUGGAAAAGGUGCUCAAGGUGCUCCAUUUGCUUGUUUUGAAGAAGUUAAUUCUCUUCGUGAUAGAUUUGGAAACUGUGGCUUUAAAACUUCACAACCAUUACCUUGUGAACCAAAAGAUGUUCUCUGUGGAAAAUUAGCUUGUGUUUGGCCACAUAAUAAUACUUAUAAAAGUAAUAUUCAAUCUGCAGUUUAUUCAUAUACUCAAGGGCAUAUAUGCUUAUCUAUAACCACGGGGUCAUCACUGAGAUCAGAUGGAAGAGAUUAUGCCUAUGUGGCUGAUGGUACUGCAUGUGGCACCCAAAUGUAUUGUGAAAAUAAAACCUGCAAAGAAGUUCCUUUAAAGGGAUAUAACUGCAAUGCCUCUACAAAAUGCAAAGGGAAUGGGAUAUGUAAUAAUUUGGGAAAUUGUCAUUGCUUUCCUGGCUAUCGGCCUCCAGAUUGUGAAUUCCAGCUUGGUUCACCAGGGGGAAGUAUUGAUGAUGGAAAUGUUCAGAAAUCUACUACAGUUUUUAUUAAAAAGGACUACAGUGCACAUCAGUACAACUGGCUUAUUCUCAGUUUCUACAUUGCUUUGCCCUUUUUAAUAAUUUUCAUCAUGAUGGUCAAGAAGCUAAAUGAAAUGAGAAAGCCUUGCAACAGAGAGAACUCAAAAUAUGAAGGACGGUGUCCUAGUCGAGCUCCAGGCAGCUUGUUGGAAUCUACACGCAGUUCACAGCCUGGGGUGUCUCCUUCAGGCUUGGCUGGUCCCCACUGUUCUACCCUGCUGGCUUUCCAUCAGCACAAGGCCCAGGAGUGGUUCAUCUCCAAGAGCACUGCAAAUACUAUCACCACCUACCUCCAGAGGGGGCCUCUGAGCGGCACCGAGCAGGGACGUUCUGAGCCUGGUCUCACGGAUCUGCAGAGUCUGCAGUCCUGCAGGCCUCUGAAACGUCAGCUUCGGGGAAAUAAAGCACGUGGCAGACCACAGGCUCCUGUGUUGUCCCGCGGGUGGGAGCCGCCUGCGGUGGGCGGGGCCUCUGGCGUGGGCGGGGCGAGCAGCCUUGCCCUCCACCGGCCACUGCCCUCCCCUUUCAGACCCAGCCCAGGUCUCCCUGCCCUCGAGACAGGGCGGGUGCACCACCAACCGUCCUCACUCACCGGCCUCGCAAUGCUCCUCGUCUUGCUGGUCCUCUCAGGCCUGGGCCGGCUGACCUCCGCCGGCCAGUGUAAGUGGGGGAACCUGCGCCACAGGCGGCCGCUGGGGGCAGAGUCCCCGGGCGAGGCGGGGAUCGCCCUCCUUGCUCCAGAACCCGGCCGGGCGGGGAUCGCCCAGGGUGCUGUCAGAGCCCGUCUCCUUUCAGGGUCCUGCUGCGCCCCAGGGUUGGAGGCCUCGGAGCAGGCCUGGGGCAGUUGUCCCUCACUUACCUGA